UACAAGGCGGGUGGCUCCAUCCCAACGCGCUCCUCGUGCUCAUCCGGGAAUUGAGGGAUUGACGCCAUCUCCGUGCCUCUUCCCACAAACGACCCAAGCUCCUGCGCAGCUGCUGGGCUAAAACCCGGAGCUUUCUUGCGCGCGUUUUGAUCGGACGCAGUGGCCAAACUCCUCAUCCGACAGCAGAAAGGGGCGGGAAGCCGAGGCGUCCCCCUCCGCAGGAUAACCACCGCGUUUUGUUCUCUCUUUCUGCUCCUCAGGCCGGGAGGGGAGGACGUCGUGGGCGCCAUGGCUUUCCUCCUCAAGCCGCACCCGCGGGAGCUCGCCCUGGACUACCACACGGCGAAGCAGUUUGAAGUGGAUGUGACCUUGGAUCCAGCCACGGCGGGUCCCGAGGUGAUCCUCUCCGAGGACCUCAAAGAGGCCACCUGGGGUAGACCUGGACGCCGGUGGCCUGAGGGUCCGGGCCAGUUCGACACAGAUCCCUGCAUGCUGGGCAGCGAGGGCUUCACCUCGGGCCGUCACUACUGGGAGGUGGAGGUAAACGGGCGCUUCUGGGCCAUCGGGGUGGCCCGUGAGUCGGUUCAGCGGAAAGGCCGGGUCCUCUUCAAGCCCAACACCAAGAUUUGGGGCUUGCAGAAGUACGACGAGCUCUGUGUGGCCCUCACGGCUCCUUCCAACACCUUCGUCCCGCUCCUCAAUGGGGAGAUUGGGGUCUACCUGGACUAUGAGGUGGGACUGGUCGCCUUCUACGCCGUUGGCAGUCGUCAACACAUCUUCACCUUCCCCGUGGCCUCCUUCAGUGGAGAGAGGGUCUUCCCUUACUUCUGCGUGCUCCUCUCUACCAUCAAACUGUCCCCCAAAAGUUGAUGUGUCGGUGGGGUCCCCCCGAAGUUGGUUGCUCCACGGUGGUUGGAAAUGCUCCUUGAUGCUCUUCAAUGCUUUAUUUUCUACCUCAUCUCACGGUCCUACCUCCAUCUUUGAUGUCUCUAUUUUGGGUCAUAGCCAGGGGGUUCAGGGUUUGAGGUUGGUGCAGCUCAGAUUCAUCCACAAAGCUCAUUAACGGCAGCUGGGCUGCACCGAGCUGGUUUUGAGCUGAAAACUUGGGCUUUCUUCCCAAAUUCAGCCCCCUUGGAAGGUUUCCUUUACUGACCUCGAUGCCUGUCGCUGGCUGGGCAUCCAACUCAAGAUAAAAACCUUAAUUUUUGCAGGUUUUGCAUUAAUACCAGCUGCUACCUUGGUUUAAAACUGAUUUUGUGGAGGAUGUGCUUGCGCUCGCUUCCUCCCCUCCCCCCCGUUUUUCUUCUGCUGUUCCCCACACUUAGGGUGUAUUUCUGAGUAAUUCAUGUGUGAUUGAUUAUAAAAGCGCUCAGAAUAUAACAAAUACUUUUUUUUUUUUUUUGCUAUAAGAAGGAGGAAGUGUCUGCAUUUGACCCACCAAGCUGCCCCAGCCCCACAACAACACCCCCCCACACACCCCGAACCCCCCAGGGCUGCCCCAUGUGGGCUCUCAAAGGCUACCCUGGCCCCCCAACACCUCCUUGGUCCCUUGGGAAUGCCCAAGAACCCCCCCACCCCCCAGGGCUUCCC